GUGCGUGUGAUGAGUUCAGGAUUGGAUGCAGGUGUGCAGCUCUCUGCCUGGAAACAGGUCCUGGAUCAGGUGGCUGUUCCUCAUGGACGAGUCGGCGUUGGAGCGUUACUUCGAUGACUCCAUUGCAAAUGACUCCUGCCUCAGUUUGGAGGAGGAGCUUGGCGUCCAGAGCCCUGCCCCCGCACCAGAAGACCCCUCCUUCCUGUCAGGGAAGGCGGGGCCUAGCAGAGAGCCUGGUGAGGAGCUUGACCUCAGCUUCCUACCUGAUGAGCUCAGCACACAGGAAGAACCCGGUUGUCAUGACGACACAGGUGUGACAUCACUGAUGAUGACUUCAUUCCAUAUAAAAAUGAUUUUCUGCGAAGAUGCAUCAGAGACUCAGACUGCAGCUCUGGAUGUGUCUCAGGACAGCGGCAUCAUUCCGGACUACAACUCCCAGGAUUCCACAGCAGCAGCUGACCCCCAGCAGGGGGUGUCCCUGCUGGGGGUAGGGGCCUCCCCCUUCUGCCCCAUGACCCCUAUGACCCCCAUGACCCCCAUGACCCCAGUGACUGAGAGGUCAGGGAUCAUCCCACAGUUACAGAACAUUGUCUCCACAGUGAACCUCGGCUGUCCGCUGGAUCUGAAGUUCAUCGCCCUGCAGGCCAGAAAUGCAGAGUACAACCCGAAACGUUUCGCGGCAGUCAUCAUGAGGAUCAGAGAGCCGAGAACCACUGCGCUGAUCUUCAGUUCUGGGAAGAUGGUCUGUACGGGAGCCAAGAGUGAGGAGCAGUCACGCCUGGCAGCCAGGAAGUACGCCCGGGUGGUACAGAAGCUGGGCUUCCCCGCCCGCUUCCUGGACUUUAAGAUCCAGAACAUGGUGGCCAGCUGCGACGUGUGUUUCCCCAUCAGACUGGAGGGACUGGUCCUCACACACCAGCAGUUCAGCAGUUAUGAACCGGAGCUGUUUCCAGGACUCAUCUACCGCAUGGUGAAGCCGCGCAUCGUCCUGCUCAUCUUCGUGUCGGGGAAAGUCGUUCUGACGGGAGCGAAAGAACGAGCUGAGAUCUACGAGGCCUUUGAGAACAUUUAUCCCAUCCUGAGAGGCUUCAGGAAACAGUGACCCGGCCUGUGAUGUCACUUCCUGUUCACGUGUAAAUAAGAUGGAAUGAGUUUAUUUUGUGUUAUUGAUCGAUGAGUCAGCUGUUUGUGUUCCAGUCUCUGUUCAACGUUUCUCCGUCCUGACUGAUAAUAAAUGUCAGUGUUUCAAAAUGGCUGCACAGAAAACUCGA